GCCAAUUCACUCAAAUCACUCGGUCCUUCACAUUCGAUUCGAUGUGAUUCAAACGGUCUAGUGGUCCUUUUGCUCUCUUUAUUAUUAAUAAGCUGUCGUUUAGACCAUAGGUUGCGGUUAACCACACCCCGCUCUUGAAGCCCAGACCCCUUGAGAUAUUUUUAGCGCUGAUGAUGACCGCUGUCAUCUAACGGAAAGAUCAUCCCGGGAAUCACAGAGCGAAGCUACACGGUGUCUGCGCGCGCUCGCUUUGAGUCGCUUUAUCUUAACAUGAGGACACAAAGCGCUUUUAUUAUAUGGACGGCGAUGGUUCUUCAUUUAUCUAUAAUAAAAGGUCGAACAACAGACUCACCCCCAGACGUGAGUUCCCUUCUGAAUGAAGUCAAUCCCAAAGAUCAUGUGACUUCAAAAAAUUACGUUUUGGAAUCACAACCCAGUACAGCCUAUCAAAGCGUCUCCUCUCCUCCAACUGAUUUCUCAACCAGCAAGGUCACACCUACUGUUCCUCCUCCAUCACAGCCAUCCAAUGACACCUCUCCAUCACCAGCCAUCUCACAGACCUCUGCGCUACAAGAUGUCACCACCCUCAACACGGAGACAGCUUCAGUACCAGGUUUUUCUGUUGGCGGCACAUCUCUUUCUUAUUUGAAGAGCACUGUUUCAGAUUCAGUAGCCACAGCUCCUACAACAUCCAUCAGUCCAAGUGAAGGACAUCAGACCUUCUCCACUUUAACUAGCAGUGUGUCCCAGACAACACAAACAGCUCCACCAUUUACCCCCAGUUACCCUCAGACAUCCCAGUUUGCCCUGACCAGCAGUUCAGAGGUCACUGGACCUGUUCCUUUGGAAGACCAAGACAAGCCUUCUGAACUGGACGUGGGUGAUCAAGAAUCAGGGAAGGUUUCCCACCGCCCUACAUCACCCCUGGACCCCCUGCUUGCCGCUCUGGUCACCAUUUUCAUCAUUUGCACUGCCAUGGUCUCGGCCGUCCUCUUCCUCAGGUUCCGCCAGCGGAGUGAGCAUCCUGAAUUUCAUCGGCUUCAAGAUCUCCCUAUGGAUGAUCUCCUAGAAGACACGCCAUUGUCAAGAUACACCUAUUAGCAAGAGUGAAUUCCACCAUUUCAUUAUUUGAUUCCUCAGGCAGCCAGUGUUGUUAUUGGUGCAAUUCCCCUGAAAGACCACUUUCUCAACUGAUCUCUGAUUAUCGGUUUUGAUGAUUCUCAGGAGGCCUUGAUGCUAAAAAGUGGUUGCGUAAUAUUAAAAAAAAAAAUAGGUUUCAUAAGAUAGAAUAAAACAAGAUAUUCAGUCUUAUUCUCUGCUAAAAACGGCACAGUUCCUUAAUAAAACAGUUGUUUAGUUACAAUAAGAGAAUGUUUGAAUUUCAAAAAAACAAUAACUCAUAUACAUUUUAUUCACCUUAAGAUCCACUACAAACAUUUAGUAUUUUUAGCAAAUUAGAGCAUUUGCCGCAGAUAAUGUUUGCUUGAUUUUUUUCCUUUAUUAGACAAUAUAAUUGUACUCAAUAUUAUGAUACUAUUAUUUUGGUUCAUUUUCUUUUUUAUAGAACGUUUUAUUAUGAAAGGUCUACAUUUCUUGAGUCUACACAAGCAAAUAGUACUGCACUUUUUUUUAUUUUCAGGGGCUUUGCCUUAUUUUCCAAGAUAAUUUUUUGGGAAAAAAAGUUCCCUGGGUUUAGCAUACAUGUCUCUGGACAUUUAGAGCUAUGACAUUGUAGUAGGAAAAUUUUACUUUUUAUGAGACAGUGUUCUAGAAUGAGUACAAUUUUGGGCUUCAGUUGAAUUGUGAUUUUGAUAUUUAUGACAAUGGUUGAUUGUCCUGAUCGCUUAUGAAGGUAUGUGAAAUAACUUGACAUGUAUUUUAGCAUAUUCACUUCUGUCUAUGCUGGUAUUUGUGGUAAACCUAGUGCCUAAUGUACUUUGUGCCAAAAUUGAUUUAACAACCUGAUAAAUAUAUAUUGCACAGUUGUGUUGUUGAGAUGAACGUUUGUAAUAAAAGAAGAAAACUAUA